UCGAGUUGCAGCCCGGAGCCCAUUUUGCCCUCUCCAUACCUCUCGCCUUUGUGCCUCCCACCUUUUCUCCCGAACUACCGAGAAGAAGAGGAAGGAAAGGAGAAGAAGAGAUUGGGGGCGAUGGCGGAUCAGUCGGCGAGGGCGGAGGAAUUCGAGAAGAAGGCGGAGAAGAAGCUCAGCGGAUGGGGUCUCUUCGGUUCCAAGUACGAGGACGCCGCCGAUUUGUACGAAAAGGCGGCGAAUUGCUUCAAGCUCGCCAAGAACUGGGAUAGAGCUGGAGCAGUAUACAUCAAACUUGCUAGCUGUCAUUUAAAGUUGGAAAGCAAGCAUGAAGCUGCUUCAGCUUAUGUCGAUGCAGCAAACUGUCACAAAAAAAUCUCAAUUCAAGAUGCUGCACAGUCCUUAAACCAGGCUGUGAAUCUUUUCUUGGAGAUAGGCAGAUUGAACAUGGCAGCAAGAUACUGCAAGGAACUUGGUGAGUUAUAUGAACAAGAACAGGAUCUCGAGAAGGCCAUUGAUUACUUUGAGCGGGCUGCUGAUCUUUUUCAAAGUGAAGAAGUGACAACUUCUGCCAACCAGUGCAAGCAAAAAGUUGCACAAUUUGCUGCUCAGCUGGAACAAUAUCCUAAGGCAAUUGAAAUAUUUGAAGCAAUAGCACGACAUUCAAUGAACAACAAUCUUCUUAAGUAUAGUGUUAAGGGUAUUCUCCUUAAUGCUGGCAUUUGCCAGCUCUGUCGAGGUGAUGUUGUUGCCAUCACCAACUCAUUAGAGCGAUAUCAGGAACUUGACCCAACUUUUUCGGGCACGCGUGAAUACAAGCUUUUGGCUGAUUUAUCAGCUUCAAUGGAUGAGGAAGAUGUCGGGAAGUUUACUGAUGUCAUCAAGGAAUAUGAUAGCAUGACCCGACUGGAUCCUUGGAAAACCACCCUUCUGUUGAGAGCAAAGAGUGCACUGAAAGCAAAGGAAGAAGAAGAAGAUGAUCUGACUUGAGGCUCAUAAAUCUCAUUGCUUAUCCUUUCUUAUAUAUUUGUACUAAUUGGACGGUGGCUGUUGGUUUGUGUACUUGACAAGUUUGGAUGUAUGACGGAAAGGAUUGCUAUGCUUUUCAGUUGCGUGCAUGAGUCUAUUACUCAUCGAGUUUCUGUUUCCCCCCUCCAUCAUAAUACCUGAAUUUCUGCAAUAUACAGUUGGUGUUUAUUUUUUAUUCCAAGGCUGCAUUGCCAACAAAUGGGCAGCGUCUCUUCUUGCU